AUGAAAGAGCUGGGCCUGACCUAUGCGACCUUCAACCAGGCCAGUGGCUGCAGCUACGCCGGGCUCGCUAUCGGCUGUCUUUUGCUUAUUCCGUGCGUGCACAAGUACGGCCGUCGACCGAUCUAUCUGAUCAGCGCGGUGGUCCAGUUUGCCUGCGCGCUUUGGUGGGCCAAUUUCCACCAUGCCGGGGAACUGAUCACUAUAAUGUUACUGGCUGGUCUGGCGGGCUCGAUCAGCGAGGCUGUGGUGAUGAUCACCAUUAUCGAUCUGUUUUUCGUGCACCAGCAUGCUCGCAUGAACGGCGUCUUCCUCUUCAUGCAGACCCUGGGAGCGACGGGCGGCCCCAUUGUCGCCGGCUACAUUGUCGUGGCCUUGGGCUGGCGGUGGAUGUGGUGGAUCAUCGCGAUCCUACUCGGGGUGAACCUCGUUCUCGUUACGCUGUUCUUCGAGGAAUCCAAGUACAUCCCUGUGCUGGUCGGCCAGUUGGGGUCCUCGCAGGGUCCUGAAAUCAUCGAACACGAAGCCGAAGCAGACAAGGACGAAGACAAACCCGCUCAUACGGUGACCACUUGCUCCUCCACGGCCGCCCGGCGCAGUCGAAAGACGAUACGACAGCGGCUGGCUCUCGUGACCAAAACCGACAUGCCGAUCGCGCACCAUUUCUACCAGCCCUUGAUGGUGCUGUGCUCCUUUCCCGCGGUGGCCUUUGCGGCCGUCACAUACGGGACCCUCCUCGCCUGGUUUUCGCUGACCUCUUCCGCCGCGUCGUACUUCCUCCUCGACGAGCCAUACGAUUUCAGUCCGUCGGCGAUUGGGCUUUUCCAUCUAGGGGGUUUUGCCGGGGCGUUUCUGUCCACGCUGGUGGCGCCCGCGCUGAACGACCGGUUCAUACUGCGGUCCGCCCGACGUAAUGGGGGGAUCUUCGAGCCCGAGAUGCGUCUGUGGAUGAGCGUUCCGGGCCCGGUGCUCAAUUGUGCGGGUUUGCUGGUGUUUGGCAUAGGUCUUGGUCGGGGUAUGCAUUGGGCGAUGCUGGCGGUUGGCUGCGGUAUUUUCGGAUUCGGCUUUAUUAUGACUGCAGAUGUGGCCCUGACCUACUUGACCGACUGCUACCCGGAUAUCCUGGGCGACGCUCUGAUUGCCGUUGUGUUCAUUCGCAACGGCUUCGCGAUGGUAGUGCGGUUCGCGUUCACCCCGUGGGUCACUGGCAUGGGCAUCCAGAAUACGUUUAUCCUCAUUGGCAUGCUUGCGCUGGCUACUGCUAUUAUGCCGGUUGUGUUGAUGUUCAAGGGCAAAGGGGCGCGUGUGAGAACGGCAGCUGAUUACAGGAAGUACGCCACGCGCCAGCCGGUUCAUCGGACGAUUUGA